GGCAGCUCAGGUACUUAACGCACCCGGUCAGGUUUAGUCGUCUGUUAUUUCAUCCCACAGAUGCUCGUUCGGCUUGCGGAUCGAGAAGUCUAUUUGCGAUGUCAUUUGCCCUCAAGAUAACACGAUGAGGGCCGUAAACAUAGCAUUCUUAACAUCUGUCUUGGCGGGCGCUACGACAGCAUCAUGGAAACAUGCCGAUGAGGACGAGUUCCGCCAGGUUAUAUCGGGCCCCAAACCAGCCCUUGUUGCGUUCGUGGAGCCUUCAACAGCCACCUGCCAAGCUUUCGAGGCAGAAUGGACGCUGGCCGCCGAAUCGGAGAAGGCCUUAGUGAGCAUCAAUUGCGCCUCCACGGCGAGUCUCUGCCACGAAUUCGGCGUCAUCUCGUACCCCGCCGUGCGCUUCUUCGACGGCCAGGGCAAGAUGACGCCGUACCGGGGCCCUAGACGGGCUCGCUCGAUCCUCGCGUACCUCCGGCGGGCGGCGCGCCCGGAGGCCGUGGCAGCGCUCGCCUCGGAGGCCGAGAUCGCGGCGUUCCAGACGAGCGACGACUUCGUCGUGGUGGCGCGCGUGCGCCCGCAGGACGCGCACGUCGGGGCCGCGUACGCCGCGCUCGCGGCGCAGUACCGCGACCGGCUGUCCUUCGGGCGGGCGGAAGCCGCGCCGUCGUCGUCGUCGUCGUCGUCGGUCGCCUGCUACAACAACCGCGACGGCCAGCAGUUCGGCGUCGCGGACCUCGCCGCCGCCGACGCGCUGCAGCGGCUCGUCGACAGCUGCCUCGCCCCCCUCGUCGGCGAGUUCACCCGCGCCAACGAGAUGCAGUACCUCCAGUCCGGCAAGAUCAUCGCCUUCUACUUCGCAGCAUCGGCGCGGGAGCGCGACGCGUUCGCGGACGCGGUGCGGCCGGUGGCCAAGCUGUACAAGGAGUACCUGAGCGUGGUGACGGUGGAGGCGGGCGAGUACGGGGAGCUGGCGGCGCCGCUGGGGCUGGGCGGCGCGCCGGCGCUCCCCGCGCUCUCGUUCCAGCACCCCAUGACCGGCCAGGUCUUCCCGUACCCGCGCGGCCGGCCGAUCGCGCCCGACGACGUCGGCGCCUUCUUCGCCGACAUCGCCCAGGGCCGCGUGCCGCCGUGGGACGGGACGCCGCCGGCGGAGGUGGCGGGGACCGAGGAGGAGGAGGAGGCAGCUGGUGGCGCCGGCAGCGAGGACGCGCAUGAUGAGCUGUGA